CAGACCUUUGUCAAGCCAUCUGCUUGGUGUGGUACCAAGGACUAUCCAAAUAUCCAGCCAGGGGAAUCUGAGAGAGGCACGUGCCUGGCACACACAGCAGCCCAGAAAUGAGUGAGAACCCAACCACCAACCUCAACACUGGAGAUGCUCCAACUGGUCCCACCACACCGCGCAAGGGGCCUCCCAAGUUCAAGCAGAGACAGACAAGGCAAUUCAAGAGUAAGCCCCCUAAAAAAGGAGUGAGAGGGUUUGGAGACGAUAUCCCAGGCAUGGAGGGACUUGGCACAGAUAUCACAGUGAUUUGUCCAUGGGAAGCUUUCAGUCAUCUGGAGCUGCACGAGCUGGCCCAGUUUGGGAUCAUCUAAGGUGCCAGCAUCUCUAAUGGUGUCACCCGGUGACUCCACCCAUCCCAGCAUGGUCUUCAUCACCUUUGAAACUUAUUUUUGGCCCUUACAUUCACUUACUCACAGGCAGAGGGAUUUUUAAGAGCUAGUUAUGAGAAAGUCCUUUGCAGAUUAAUUUGGCAAAGAAGUUAUUUGGGUCCCUGAACAGACCUCAUGCUCCAUGUGAUGAAACUACUGAAAAAUGUCUUAAUGCCUCCCUGUACCAUAAUCUGUCUUUUCCCACUGUUGUAGCUCUUUAUGUUUAUGGAGAUACAGGGAGGAUGUAUUCAAAUUUUUCCCCUGAUCAGCUGAGAUACUGUGAGCAUGGGUGUGCAUCUAUACCCAGGCCUAAUUAUAUCAAGCCUGUUCUGUUUGUUUCCCUCCCUCCCUGAGAGUUUUCUAUAUAGAAUUUACCUGGCUAUAUCCACCUGUUAUCUGGGCCACCAAUUAUUUGCUGAGAGUAUAUUUGUAGAGAACAGAAGUAGGGUCACCAGUCCAAUCAUUAGGCUAUUUUUCCAUAGGAAAACCUUCCUCAGGGGUUCAUUAUGAGGAAUUGGCUGCUAAGAUUUACCUCAUGAGCAAAGGGAAAUGUAGAUGUUGCCUCUGCUGUACUGCCUACAGUUAUCAGCCAUUCUGUUCUAAUAAUGUUAAAUGAAAAUGUGUGUGUCUGAGAUCAAUAGCUAAAUGAAUUAAUCCUAUUCCUCAUUCCUUUGUGGUCACAAGUCCAAAAAGGCAGUGCUCCAAAUGACACUGUGUUUCCUGUCCUUUGAUGGGACACCCCUGUGUGACACUUGCACUGUCCUGAUGCCCAUACAUACUUUAAUGAGUCAUUUGCUCCCCAGGACAUGUUUGCUGCCAGCUGCUAUAACAGAGAAUCAUUAUUAUGUUACCAGACAGUGCCAGCAGACCCGUGGCAUAUAGAAGAAGAUGGUAUUGCAUUACUUGCUCCCUCUUCCCUGUACACAGGGCAAGUCUACCUUCACCUCCCACACACACACCUUCAUCAGCAGGAAGGAUUUUCUUUUUUCACCCCUUGGCAACUUUAAGCUCUGGAGCUUGUCUGGACAAGCUCGCAAAUUAUAGUUCCCUUGAGAGAGAGAACAGCAGAGCAAGUGGGGAGGCAGGGGGAGAUUUGGAUGUGUAUACACAGGCAAGCACAGAGUGA